AUGUCUCUCUCAACCCCAGCGCCCCACGUCCAAAAGCUGGCAGUCGGACGGAACAAGGCCUGGAAGCACCCUUCAAAGCCGGCCGGUCGACUGCGCUCUGCCUGCGACACCUGCCAUCAGUGCAAGAUCAAGUGCUCAGGAGGCAAUCCUUGCGUCCCCUGUCACGUCUCUCAGUCGAACUGUGUUUAUAGCGUCACAAAUCGCCUCGGCCGACCCAAGGGCAGCAAAAACAAACGAACGCUAUUGCAGCAGGCUGAGCAGGGAAAGGGGAGCAAUGGAGAAGCCAUCACCGAGCAUGGGCCCGGGCCUGGGUCCGGGUCCGACGACGGCCAGCGAGCCCUCACCUGGAGCGACGAUGGGCAGCAAUUCCUCGACUUCGUCUCCGACCACAGCCCCCAGGCAGUCUUCAGUCCGGACCUGGCUUCUCUGAUGGACUCGAUCGGUGUUGGGGAGGGAUCGGGUAUGGAUGGCAUGUUCAGCCUUGAUCUUGUAGCGCCAGGACCUCUCAAGGGUCGCCACCAAGCCGUAACUUCCGAGAGAUCUCUUGCGGCCCAAGACAGCCACAAAGGGCACGCGAACAGCCUCGUGCCCGCCAGCUCGGCCACAGGCGCACCGAACUCGCCGAGCCCGGUAUUUUCCCCGAGAGCCUUUCUAACGGGGGAACUACCUAAAUGUUCAUGUCUUCGGCAGCAAGUCAGGUUGGUUUACCGGCUGGAAGACCUCCGGGACUCGCAGGCUGCCAGCCCAUCUGUCGACAGCGUCCUGCACGGAGUCCAGUUGGCCCAGGGCCCUUGGGACAGUUUUAUGCGGUGCCUGAGGUGCAGAGGCGAGGAAAACAACCGGUAUGUGCUUAUGCUGUUCGCCAUGAGCAUCCGUGUCCUUCUUUCCUCGGUCCAGAAGCUCCGUGCCGCCUGCCACCGGCGCGCCGAUGGUACGCCCCGCGGCUCUGCGGCAACGUGGCAACGCUCCCCUGUGGCCCCCGUGGUUUCCGACAUAGGAGUCUCCGUCGGCAACUUCCAGCUGACAGGGGAGACCAAGAAUGAAGUCAUCAGCUUGGCGAUCCGCAGCGCCUUGCGGGAAAUCAAAGCCGCGUCACUUUACCUAUGGGAAUGCACCAGGUCAGAUUCCGAAUACAGCGAAUAUGAUAACAUGAGCAGGAGUAGAACCGGCAGCAGUGCCUCUCUGGAAUCACUGCUCAGUCUCGACGGGAACGUUAACGCCGCAUUGGCGGGGGUAUCCAGAGACCCGCCCACACCGGAGAGCUUGGAGCUCGAGGAUAUCGAAUCUCUGCUGCACGCUUUGCAGCGCAUUAUGGAGCUAAUGAAGGAGGACUUGCGGCCAUUCGCCGAGGGGCAAUGA